AUGUUUAUCACUGUUUUCUUCUUCUUCAUCCUUCAAACUUCGGUAUUUUCUGACAAUGAAGUUAAACUACUUGCGCUAACAGCUGAAGUGCCUCCAAAUGAUAAAGGAUCAAUCUACUAUCUAGUGAUCUCUCUGUUUGUAAUGUCAGUCUUUGCAUCAACACUUCUUACUGGAGCAUUCCUGGGAAUACUUAUUCUUCUAUGGGGACAUUUCAAAACGUUCAAGUACUUCUGGUUUCUCUCCCAACUCACUAUUUUUGUAUUCAUCCUAUCUGCAUUGAAUUUGAUUAUCAACGUCCCAGCGACUUUAUUCUCAUUGAUAACUAUAGAUUUCGUAUCUUCAGAUAUCUUCACCAUUUUAUCGUAUACAAUUGACUAUCUCCAUUAUACAAUUCUGAUAUCUAACCUCGUCAUUGCACUCCAACGAUUUUCAGUUUUCUUCUUCAGACACAUGACGUACAGAGUAUUUGAUUCAUAUGUGAUUUACAUCUGGUUACUAAUGAUAUGGAUUCUUCCGUGUUCGGUUAUGUUUGUGAUGGUUCACAACAACUGCAGGUAUCUGUACAUGCUCUCUCCUAGAAAAGUGAAUGGGCAUUACAAUCUGUAUUGUCCAACACAAAACAGCCUAGUUGACACUGCUCCGCCAGAGUUGGUACGGAUUAUGGAGUUAACACUGCAGUUCGGAAUUCCUGUAUUCAUUCUUGCUAUGUAUAUAGCCAUUAUUAUGAAGAUCAUCACGAUGAAAAAGGCGUCUUUGAACAGACACGAGACGAGAGUUUUGAUUCAAGCCAUUAUCAUCUUUGUUCUUUUCCAGGCAUCUUCUGUUGUUUUUCUAUAUUGUCAAACUUUUGAUUUUACUGUUCCAACGGCUUUUCUCAUCAAGCGAAUCAUUAACACAUUGGAAGCAGAGGUGCCUCCAAGUGAAAAAGGUUCAAUCUACUAUCUGGUGAUUACGCUAUUCGUAAUGUCAAUCAUCGCAUCCACUCUUCUCACUGGAGCAUUUCUGAUUCUACUUAUUCUUUUAUGGGGAAAUUUCAAAACGUUCAAAUACUUCUGGUUUCUCACUCAACUCACUCUAUCUGUAUUCAUCCUAUCUGCAUUGAAUCUGAUUAUUAACGUCCCAGCUACGUUAUUCUCAUUGAUCACUAAGGAUUUCGUAAUUUCAGAUAUCUUCACCAUUUUAUCGUAUACAAUUGACUAUCUUCAUUAUACAAUUCUGAUAUCUAACCUCGUCAUUGCACUCCAACGAUUUUCAGUUUUCUUCUUCAGACAGCUGACGUACAGAGUAUUUGAUUCGUAUGCCAAUCCGCAUAAACCACAGAAAAAAGGAGAUUAA